GCGACCGGAUAUAGUGAGAUAGAUAACAGGUGGCUUCUGUCCAUCCCGAGGCCGAUGGCUGCAACGCAUGGCUGUCUGAGGUCGCUUCGUCCUGCUCCCCUCUUCUCCUCCUCCUCAGCCGCAGCAGCAGCAGCACCGAAGCAGCUAUUCCACUAUCCAUGUCCUUCUCGCACUUCACUCCCCAUUUCGAGAAGGGAUGCGCUUCUGAUAUCUGUUCUGCCCCUCAGCUUCAUUGCGCUCCCCCUUCCUUCGCAAGCCAGGGAGAGAAGAGGAAGGAAGGCCAUCGCUCCCGAGGAGUACUCCACCAGCCCUAAUGGUCUGAAGUAUUAUGAUCUUAUUGAGGGGAAGGGCCCCAAAGCUGAGAAAGGUUCCACAGUUCAGGUACAUUUUGACUGCAUCUAUCGAGGAAUUGCAGCCGUCUCAAGUCGUGAAUCUAAACUUCUAGCUGGCAAUCGCGUUAUUGCACAGCCUUAUGAAUUUACUGUCGGGUCGCUACCGGGUAAGGAAAGAAAGCGUGAGUUUGUGGAAAAUGCAAAUGGCCUCUAUUCAGCCCAGGCUGCACCAAAACCCCCUCCAGCUCUGUAUUCAAAAACCGAAGGAAUGAAAGUCGGAGGGAAGAGGACUGUGGUCAUUCCUCCCGAGCUCGGUUAUGGAAAAAAAGGAAUGAAUGAAAUACCAGUAAAUGCCGAUACUAAUCUCUGAUAUUUUUUGUUGAAUCUAUUUAUGAGUUUUGUUAAGAAAUUAAACACCAUUUCCGUGCUACGAGUGAGUGGCUACCUUGGGGAUGAUUUUCAAGAAACUAUGGUACGUGAUGCAUUUCUCCAGGUCUAACAUAUAGUUCUUA